AUGGACUUCACUGCCUCUGACAGAACUCGUCGCUCCGCAGCAGGGACCGACUCUUCCUCUGCACGUGGUCGCCAUAAUCAUUGCAGUAGCGCCAACGCACGCUGCAGCGGUGACGCUGAGUCAUCCGAGCACCGCACCAGCAGCUCGCGACUUCAUCAUCCUCAGCACCGCUACCAACGCCAUCAACAACCGGACGAUCGCGAGCUCAGCGAGAGCAGCUUGGCCACCUCCAGCCUCAAGGAGCGUCGAGGUUCACAGGCACAGGAGCCACAGCACCAUUCGCUAGACGACACGUCGGCUCGGCGCCUCUCCAGCUCCCAGAGCUCGCGACUGCCACCCCGGAGACAUGAGCGGCCUUCAUUGACAGAAGGAUCUGGAGAGCGGCAGGGUUCAUUCGCCGCAACGCCGCUUUCGAGCACCGCCAGUGAGAUGAUGCGAAGCAACAGUGAGUUAGCGAGGCCGAACGGCGUAGCGGCCGUGUUGGCGAAGGACUCAACACCGAUGAACAGUCGCAACGCUGCCGGAAGCACCGCAGUGGCGGCGACGGCGCCAGCACCAUUGCCGUCCUCGUUUCGCCAGUCGCCACCGUCGUCAAACUUCUCAGCGGAGCCUCCAGCGGUGGAAAGCGGUAAUGCUGUGUACAGCAUCGCCUCCGCCUCGCAGUCGUCAGCACACCAACCAGCCUCAUCACAACUGGAGGCGGUCAUCAUACUCUCGUCGCCGACCGCGACUUCCCUGGUGUCGCUGGAAGCUACCACCGCUCAACCCGACAGGAGCGUGCACUCCUGGCAGCAAAGCAUCCGCCUGAGGGCAGAGAACCGGCCGCCAUCGCUCACCUCCGCCGGCCGCUCGGACCACAGCACUGCACGGAGUGAGCCGCCACCUCCACCAGCCCCGCGGCUGACGUCCUCCCAUCGCCUCCACGCAGGCGUCGCAAAUCUGGCGCUGUCCUCAUCGUCCGCCUCGGUGCGGACGCACGCCAGUGAGGCGGCGUCGCAGACGAGCUCGAAACCGAAGAGGGCGUCAGAGGCCCCGAGUGUGUGCGGCGCCGAUAAAGCGUGCAACGAGACCACGGAAGGUGCUGCCGACGGCGGCAUCACCCCCGCGCUCCACCCAUCUGCCGCAGCCUCGUCGGCUGGUGUGUCAGUCGUGGCAGAUGCAGCCGUCACCACGCCUCAACCGCCGUCUGUGCGCUCACGCACAUCGUCCACAGUGGUUGGGGUAGAGCGCAGGAGCGGCCCCUCAGUGUGCCCUGAAGGAGGGGAAGCGUCUAGCACGGCAAGGAGUGCGGCAAGCUCGGUGCACCAGCAGCUCCUGCCGAGGGGUGACUCGUACCAGGAGAGCCAAAGCCGCCCUCGCCACGGCAGCGGUGCGCGUCUGCCGUCUCCAGCCUCGGCAUCGCUCACGCCAGCGUCGUCCGUUGCCCCCACCUCCCCCCUCAAGGCUUCAGGGCAGCAGGCCAGUCAACGCUCCUUUCGUGCGGUGGCGUCGCUAUCGUCGCCAUCCGUGGCUGACGCACCCGCACCGAGCAGAGCCCGUGGCUCUAUGACUCCUCGAUCCUUGAAUGACUCGCGCCGCAGCGCGUCACCGUUGCAGCGGCGCAACUACCAAGUGAGCGUCACCAGCCACGCCACGACAGCCGUUGAGCCCUUCCGCCUCAGCACGGAGUGCCGCAGCACAAUCCGGCGUACGGCAUCGCCUUGCUGCGCAUCUCGGAACCCGCUUGCCGAGGUGCCUGCGCAAGAGCUGCAGCGGGUAGUAAACUUGCCGCGCCAGGUACGCACCGCUCCCGGCAUCUCGCGCCUGGACAUCACCUUCGAGGAGGACGCGAAGGAGCUGUACAGGCAGACGCAUCUUGUUGAUCCACUCCUGCUGCGCCGCCCCGGGCGGCGCCAGUUUUAUAUCCCUGAGCAGGCAGACCUGUUUGGGAUGUACCCGGAGCCGCUGAUGACAAUGGACGAGGACGGCAACGAGGUCAUCGCGCACCUCGCGCCGAUCCCGAUCCAAGGUCAGCGCUGCGUACAGCCGAAGCGGCGAUCCAGCGCUGUGUCACCAAAGAGCAGCGCUGAUCACGACACCAGCGACAAAUCUGCGUCGCCGCCACCGAUGGCCCCUGCCCCCAGCGUCCAGCGCGGGAAGGCUACCGGAGCUGAUGCACCGGAGGGCAGGAACGGCGAGGGGGCGGUGGUUCGCCCCGGCCGCAGUCUCUCCAGUUUCGUUGCCGGGUACGGUGAGGAGGCGGCAGCGAAGGGCAGUGGUGGACUCACACCGCCGCGUAGGCGCGUCAUCAGCGAGAUUACCGCGUCGUACCGACGUAACAUGGCGGCCAACACGGGACUCACCGGCCAUAGUCGGCGCGAGUCACUCAGGCCCAACUGUCUACCCUUACCGGGCGGCCCAGAGACGGCAUCACCGGCAUCGGUGAGGUUAUUGUCGCCUGACGUGAUGAUGGCGGUAGUCGUCUCCCAGACCCCGAGUCCGUUUGCCCCCAUGCAGCCCACGCCGUCCUCAGAUACGGGUAAUGUCAUGCAAACCUCGAACAGUGACCACGAGUAUGCGCAGUCGAUAGCAGCGCGCCCGGCGACCGCAGUCGCACCGCUGCAGGAUCAGCAUCAGCAGCAGCAGCAGCGUGGCAACGACGUAGUGGUGUUGAGUAAAGUUGAGGAGUACAGCCGCCGUGUGCAGUCGGUGACAUCCAUCACGAUACCCGCGCGGACAUUCCCCGUGACAGCGGAGGAUGUUCUUCAGCCCUCCUUAGCGGCUAGGGCAGGAAACCACUGCAGUCACAGCCAAGGCAUCUCCAUGCCAGUGAAACCGGCCGUGGUCGCACCAUCGACGCGCGUCAGUACCAGCACUGCAGUGCAGCUCGAUGCGACGUCCAUGGCGACGGAGCGGCGAAGCCGUCGAGCGAGCGGCCAUGAAGGAGCGGAGAACGAGGCAGAGAAGGCACCAGCGUCAUCUUUGGCCACCAUCGCCUCUCCUCCCAACGAGGCCGCCAAUCGCAGGAGUAGCAGCGACAGGGCUGGCCCCAGCGCCGCUCCUGUUGCUGCUGGUGCUCCCAGAGAGCCGAAGAAGACACCAAGGGACUCGCACCGAAGCUCAGCAACCUCGAAGUCAGCUUCACUGCCGCGGCAGGCGGAACAGCUUCAACCUGCUGAAUCAGAGGCGCUGGCAGCCACCGCCUCACAGCCGACGGCACCGACGCCCAAGACGGCGGCGUCGCGGGCCGCCGUAGAUCGGUCACCUGAGCUGCAGAUCCUGACGGCACGCCGACACGUAGACCCGAGUCCCGUACCGAUAUCCCCGCUGUCCGAGUCGUCGUCGCAGCCGCAGCGCGCAAGACAGGUGAUGCAGGGGCCCAAGUUCAACCCAGGAAAAUUUGGGUGGUACCCAGUCCGCAACAACAGCGUCGCCGAACAUUUCCCUCAUCUGAGGCACCAACUUUCCUGUUCCCACCCGCUACGAACCCAAGCCGAAAGCAAACAGCCAACAGUGGAACCCGAAAAGCCAUCACCCCCCCCCAAAGG